CGUCUUCUCUGUUUGUUAGCUUCGCCCAAUCAAUCAUGGCGGACAAAAAACAAUCCCCGAACAAGUCCACCAACUCCCACCCCCUUGCUGAUUCUUCUUCCCCUUCUCAAACCCUCCCCACCACCGCCGCCACCGCCACCUCCUCCGCCGCCGCCAGAAAGAAGCUCACUCUAAUCCCCCUCAUCUUCCUCAUCUACUUCGAGGUCGCCGGCGGCCCCUAUGGCGAAGAGCCGGCUGUUCAAGCUGCCGGCCCUCUCCUCGCCAUCGUUGGCUUCAUCGUUUUCCCUUUCAUAUGGAGUGUCCCAGAGGCCCUAAUCACGGCGGAGCUUUCCACCGCCUUCCCCGGAGACGGCGGUUUCGUUAUCUGGGCUGACAGAGCCUUCGGACCCUUCUGGGGAUCUUUAAUGGGUACCUGGAAACUCCUCAGCGGCGUCAUCAAUAUCGCUGCCUUCCCUGUUCUCUGCAUCGAUUACGUCAAGAAAAUCGUUCCGCCGCUCGAAUCUGGCUGGCCCCGCCGCAUCGCCGUCUUCAGCUCCACCCUUCUCCUCGCCCUCCUUAACUACGUUGGCCUCACCAUCGUCGGAUACGUCGCCGUCGUCUUAGCCUUCUUGUCUCUCUUACCCUUUAUUUUAAUGACGUUCAUCGCUAUCCCCAAAAUUCACCCCCACCGGUGGCUCAGUUUCGGCGACAAAGGCGUCAAAAAAGACUGGAAUCUCUACCUCAAUACUCUGUUUUGGAACCUCAAUUUCUGGGAUAAUGUCUCCACUCUCGCCGGAGAAGUCGAAAACCCACAAAAAACAUUCCCAAUGGCUCUGUUUGUAUCCGUGAUUUUCACUUGUGUUUCUUAUCUUAUCCCACUUCUGGCAGUCAUCGGCGCCGUCGAUGUGGAACAAUCCGCUUGGGGGUCUGGAUUUCACGCACAAGCCGCCGGAAUCAUCGCCGGAAAAUGGCUCAAAAUCCUCCUGGAAAUCGGGUCGUGCUUGUCGGGGAUUGGAUUAUUCGAAGCCCAAUUGAGUAGCAGUGCGUAUCAGAUUCUGGGUAUGGCAGAAAUCGGGAUUUUGCCCAAAUUCUUCGCGAGCAGAGCCAAAUGGUUCAACACUCCAUGGAUUGGGAUUGUGAUCUGCACGGCGAUUUCGCUGGCGGUGUCGUACAUGAACUUCACCGACAUUGUUGCGUCGGCGAAUUUCAUAUACAGCUUGGGAAUGUUGCUGGAAUUUUCGGCGUUCAUUUGGUUGAGAUGGAAGCAUCCGGGGAUCAAAAGGCCAUUCCAGGUGCCGUUGAGGUUGCCGGCGUUGAUUGUUAUGUGUUUGAUUCCGUCGGCGUUUCUGGUGGUUCUGAUGGUUUUCACGCACAAAAUGGUGCUCGUGGUGAGUGCUAUAAUGACGGCAGCCGGGAUUGUCUGGUUUGGGCUCAUGAAGGUUUGUAAGAACAAGAAGAUCUUGGAGUUCAAUCCUCCGCUUGACGCCAUUGAAGAAUCCUGAGAGCUCUGUAAUUUUUGUUCCUCUGUUUUUUAUUAUUAUGUAGCUCGCUUGCAGAUUUGAAUCAAGAUCGUGUUUUUUUAAUUGUGGGUUUGAAUUUGUAGAUAUUUUAGUUUUGUUGUUUGAAGGAAUUAUUAGAAUUUCGAUCCUUUUUGAUUCUCCA